AUGGAGAAGUUUCAAGCAGAAAUGAAACAAGAGUUUGAAAUGUCAGAUCUAGGACUUAUGCAAUAUUUUCUUUGUGUGGAAGUACAACAAACAUCAAAAGGUAUAUUUAUUUCUCAAUCCAACUAUAUAGCUGAUUUAUUGAAGAAGUUUAACAUGGUGGCAUGCAAAGCAUUUGCAACCCCCAUAGCCCUUGGUGAAAAACAAACCAAGGAAGAUGCUAGUCCCAAGGAUCCAAAUGAGUCACAUUGGCAGGCUGGUAAAAGAAUUUUGAGGUAUGUGAGUGGUACAUUGAAGUUUGGCAUUCAGUAUUCUCCCACUGACAAGUUUGAACUAGUUGGUUACACAGAUUCAGAUUGGGCCGGUUCAAUGGAUGAUAGGAAAUCAAUAUCUGGUUAUGUGUUUUCAUUUGGCUCUGGAGUUGCAUCCUGGAGUAGUAAGAAACCGGCAAUAGUGGGUCUUUCUUCAACAGAAGUGAAAACAUGGCAGCUUCAUCAGCAAGUUCUCAAGCGGUAUGGAUAA